AUGACUUGCCAGCACCAGAAGCCGAAACAGGACCAUUCUGGAAGGAAGAGUGUUGCAAGGUUGUGCAAAGACGGACGCGGUAGGAUUGCAGUCUCCACUGACUGCACUCACAGACAAUCCUGUCUCGAGAUGACGUCACGCCGAUUCACAGAUUCCUUCUACGAAGAUUCCGGCCAAGGAGAUAAUGACAAUCCGUCAUUUGCUCGUAUCCACGAGGCAAAUGAAGGUGCAUUUUUGUCAAAUCGUGAUUUCUUGCAACGGGGCGAAUUAGUGCAAUGCCAAAGAGUUGUCCUGGCCCACCACAUACUACUCAUACUGCUCAGCAUGUUGGCUCUCUGUCUCCGGAUCGACCGACCGAGCUUUUCGGGUCACUUGGCGUUGUAG